AUGCGUGGCUCUACAUUCGUUCGCUGGCAUUGGUUGGUUGCCUUCAUCAUCGUCACAAACGUGCCCUCAACUCUCGCCGACGGUCCAUUAUUCCAACAGUUCUUUCCAGGAUGGGAUGGUCUCAUAAAAGGGUACUUAAACGAGAGUUGCUCCGAUGAACUGGGCAAAUACAUCGAAGACCCUAUGGGUGAAGGGAAAUGGAUGGUGAUCAACUGUUUGUUCGAUGGACCGUUCUCAGAGACGCGAAAGGCAGAAGCUGCGGCCGCUGCACUCACGCUGGGUCUCGCCCCAAUGGUUCUGCAGACCAUUGGGCCCAACACCUCUGAGACGAGCCUCUUGUUCCUGCGAAGGCCCCUUCUUGCCUUGCUGCUCGCCAUCUCGUCACCCUGGCCGCGCAACCCGGACGACAAUGCCAUUUACGAGAACCCAUCCGUGGACUACCCGGUAUGGCCUGCAAUCGACAAUGAACCUUCCAGAAUCGUGGUUGUGUUAGUUGAGUACGUGGUGGCGAUGGGUGCGGCAGCGAAUGUGGCGUUGCUGGCAUAUCAGCUUGGCCACUGGUCGUUCUUCAUGUCUGCGAACAACGUCAACGACCCAGUGUGGUGGACGUACUGCUCGUUCCUUAUUCAUCUGAUUGGUAUCCUAGGGAUCUUUUUCAGGUUCAGGAUGUGCAGGUCCAGAGGAGCUUUUGAUCGUCAGAAUAAGGCCGCCGGGAAAUACUGGUUUCAACGGUGGUUUUAUCGCGAGUUUCGUCCAGCGGCUUACAAGAACGAAUACAACAAAAUUGACGAGGAAAACGAACAGCAGAGCAACGGCAACAGCAGCAGCAGUAGCAGCAGCAGCGAUGACGACGACGAGAAAAACAACAGCAACAGCAACGACAACAACAGAGAAAGCAACAAGACCAGAUUGCGACUUAGGGAGAGGAAGAAAAAGCACUGGAUACUGCUGUCAGUGCUAGCAACGUGGGUUCUGUCGAUUGCACCAACACUGCAGGUCCUCAUGGGGACGAUCAUGUUGUCUGGGUCGCUGCUUACCAACCAGGCUGAUGCCCGCAACUGCCUGUUCAGAUACGUUUGUAGUGCAAUCGCUGCUCGCGCUCUGCUCUCAUACGAAUUCGCAUAUAUGUCGCGCAAAGUUAAACGUCGGCGUCCGAAGUGCUGGGAGAAGGAACCGGAACAGGACUCUCAGAGUCGCUCUUCCACAAAUCAACCUAAGCAAAGCUUUUUGUACAGGCCAACCUUUUCGUCUUCCAGAAGAAAGAACUCGGGGACGCUGCGCUAG